CGUGAAACUUAAAAGCAGAUUCAAAUUACAAUCGAGGGCAAUUUUGGAAUCAUUUGAUGGUCAGUGCAAUGUGUGUUUAAAGUUGAUUGUUCUACAUCGAUGCAUCGGAGAAAUACUUCGUCUGCGAUGCAAGAUCUUUGCCAAAUUUGCUGCUGUGCUUGAUGAUCACUCACUAAGUUCUACAUUUUGUUUCUUGGACAACUUGGAGGUUGUCCAAGACAGUGGACAACUUAGCACAACAACCAGUUGUUUAAGGUUGAAUGCAUCAUGGAGCAUCGAUGCAAGUCGAUAAAUUUAAACAAAGAGUUGGGUAUUUGCCAGUUGAAUAACAAAUCAGCACAGGAUCCCAAAGAUUUCAUUGAAGCACAAAAAAGGGAGGGUUGGACAUAUUAUUCAACCCGUUUUGAAGAGAAAAAUGUUGGCCAGUAUUGCCAAGCAAAUGAUCAUUGCAGCGCCGGACAUAAAUGCAUUGACACUUGCUACUGCCCAGGGUAUAAAUGCAUUGCCACAGCAAAGAAUAUCGCCCAUAAGAAGCCAUCUUCCCAUUCAUCAACCCAUACAUAUGACGAAAUAGAACUUGUUGCAAGCUUUGGAAAUGAUGGUGACAGGACGGCAGACUGGCAGAAAUGUAGUUUCACCAGUUAUGAAGAGCAGCCCUGGUGGCAAGUGGAUCUUAAAAAGGUAGCCGCUGUUACACAUGUUCGGAUAACAAAUUCUAUAGCCUGGUCUUCACAUGAUAUAAACCCAUUCAAUGUUAGUGUUGGGAAGGAUAGUUCAAACGGCGGAAGAAACAAUGCCCUUUGUACAAAUGGUGGAAAGUUGGCUAGCGGCUAGAUGAAAACUUUUUAUUGUCCAAAGCUGAUGAUGCGAGCUUGAGAUUUAUGAAGGUAUGUGUUUGUUUCAAAUAUUCUAGCUUUCUUUUUUGGCCCCUGGUUAAGUAUAUGGACCAGUCAAUAUCACUUAUUGUUUUGCAAAUAUACGGAGCGCUGCCGCCAAAUCCCAACAAAUUGCAAAAAUUUCGAAAUAAGGUUACAAAGCGACGAAAUAUUCCAUUGAUCGAUUUGUUUUUUCUGUAGGAUUUUGCAUACAGGCUCACAAUAAUCUUAUGCACAUUGCUGAUGAACCUUUUCGUCUUUAAAAAAAUGUUAUUAAAACCAAGAUUUCAACAAAAAGUAACAAUAAUUGACCACUCCAAAUUUUUAAUGACAGCUCAAAAAACUAUAAUUUUGAAUAUGGCUUAAAAAUAAUUUUAUCGUGAUAUAAUAACAGAAUGCAGAUCUUUUUUUGAUUCAUUAAAUGUUAUACCUUAUGUUGUCUCAUACUACGUUGACAUGUCACUAAAAAAGUUGGUCUUUUGCACGUGGCAAACAAUUUACAAAAUGCUUCUACCAACAACAUGCAUGCGAUGUGUUUUUUUUAUCAACAUGAAUUCAAUAAAUUUUAAAAAUAAGAUUCAAUGAUCUUAAUCUGACCAUAAUUUUGAUAACAGCAGAGAAUUUGGCAUAUAAAAGGCCGUCCUCGCAUUCAUCAUCAAGCACAGCAAAUCGAAUCACAUUUGUUGCCAGCUGUUGCCAGCGAUGCAGUACCACAUUGGAUGACAUAGUACCCUGGUGGCAAGUGGACCUUACAAGGCAAGCUGCAGUCACAAGAGUCCAAAUAAGAAAUGGCGCCACUUGGGGUCAAGACAGAAUCAAUCCAUUCGAUGUCAGUGUUGGGGAUGAUAGUUCAAAUGGCUGACGAAACAAUGCACUGUGUGUGAAAGACGGGACACUGGCCAGUGGAGAAUUGAGAAAGUUCGAUUGUCCACAGGUCCUGAUGGGUCGUUACGUCAGUAUCUUUUUGAACAGGCAAUAAUAUUUUCAAGUAUGCGAGGUUGAGGUUUAUGAAGGUACAUGAUGCUAUCUAAGACUCAAUCUUCAUGGUCUUUAUGAACAGCUUUCGAAAAUGGCUUAAUUCAUUCUUUAAAUAUUAGCUAAGAAACGAAUGUGCCCGCGAAAACGCAUUUACAUCUCGGUCGUAGAGCAGCUAUAGCAGACAGAGCAUAUUUGUUUCUUGUUUUAACUAUCUCCGGCUUGCUUUCCUCUAAGACUGAAAAGUUUUGUCUGCGUGAGGAACGCGAUAAUUUUUAACUUUUAUUCCGCCCGUGCAUUUUUACGAAUCUGCCGUAGAUUCCGCGCACAAAUUUUGUUUAUCUGGUCAUGUUCCCCGCGCAUAUUCUACCAUUUAAACUUCUGACUUCUGUUAACAAGAAAAAACAAAGCAUACAAGGUUUAUUCGAAAACAUACAAGGCUACUUUGCUUCAAAUUCUCGCACGAUUUAGUGGGGAACGUUCGUUAUCCGCAAAUUUCAAAAUUAUUGUUCUGGCAUUCCCCGCGCAAAAAUAUACUUUACAGUCUGGCGUUCUCGAUCAAAAAUUUGCUUGGAUUCAAAACGAUGAAAAUUCUACAGUACAAAAUAUCUUUUUUUCUUUUCAUUAUUAUCGGCACACAUUGCACCGGCCAGAACUUGUAGCAGGUCCUUUUCAUCAUUAAAAACAGGGUGAAAGAAAACUUUCAUAGGUAGUCCGCUUCUCUAUGUGAAAAAAGCAAGCAGUUUGAAACGUGGAUUAAAAGUCUUAUGUAAUUUGGCUCUAGCUGUGGAAAUGGUUUUCUUACGCAUACUUAACAAUGAAGUACUUUCCUUGAAAACAUGUCCGCAUAAAUUGGUAUUGGAAGGAAUGGAAAAAUCAACCCCUAAAUGGUCAUUAAAAUAUUGUGGCAUUUGCAUUAUUGAUUUUCUGUAAUUUGGCUGUAUGAAUAAAGAGAGUUUAUCAAAGAAUUAGGAUUUGCAAUUGGCCUAUAUUUCUAAAAACCGUAACAGUUUAAACCGUUUGCCUUAUGUUAAUCUUGUUUUAAUUUAGAAACUUCAAGUUUCUGAACAUUACAUCACUAUAAGAAAUUAUAAUUUUGAACCAGCUGAAACGAUGUUGAGAUUUCAUGUCCUUUGAUAGUAGAAAUGCAACUUUUACAAAUUGAAACAUUAAACAAAGCAUGAAUUUUAGAUGUAUUCUGAAAAGAGUCUUCAGAAACCAUGAUUGAAUUUCCACUUGAUUGCAAGCACGAAUGCAGGUGAAGAAAAAAGCAAUAUUGCCACCGCAAGCAACAAUGGAGGACUUUAAAAAUGCACAAAGAUUUCAUGUUGUUUUUUCCAUCUUUUGUUUUUCUAUAUACGUAUCCUAAUAUUUAUUUAUGCAAAUGUAUUAUAGGUUUAUUUAUGUACCAAAAGCCGUCAUUAUGAAACGAGGGACAAAGGUUUAAUAUAGUUCUGACAAUCUCUUCUUCAGCAGGAGUUCAUUUCCGAAAAUUUACCUGGUAGACCAGGCUGAGCAGUAGCGGUUUUGGGAGUGCCCCCCCCCCCCCCCAAUCAGCGAUAUCGUCGAAAAUUCAGGCUUUCAUCGGAUAAUUGACAACAGUUUAACGUGUUUAAUUACUUGAAGAAAUUUUUCUGAAAAGGAAUUUAAAUAAAACAAGCAUGUUGAAAAUUGUGUCUAAAGAGGUAAAACAGAUCUAUAUAGAUUUUUAAUGGUAACUUUCUUUUUUUUCCAACAUUGAUUUCAUUAAAUAAAAAGACUUGUUGAGCAAAAUUUUAAACUUUUGCUACACAACAAAGAACGCGUUUCCAGGAACGACAGCAGAAAUUAUCCCCGGGUUAGAAGGAAAUAAAGCUGUAGGAAGAUGAAGUACAAGAUACCAGCGCUCUGGUUAACCAACCAUCGACAAAAGAACCUGGCGUUGAACAGUUUUAUCCGAGAGGCCUUUCCGUGAUAUUUAGGUAUAUGCUUGGUAAAAUAAAGUAUUACAGGUAAAUCAUAAGAUGCAACAGUUGACUAAGAUUGUGACAUGGACGGCUAAGAAAACACUAAUAAUGUUGCUGCUGAGAAAUAAUGAUACAGAGAUAAAUGUUGCUAUUGCAAAAAUCGAUAUUAUGGCGAAAGAACUUAAGAAACACGAGAAAUGCACUCAACAACAAACUAGAGCCAUAUUGAAAGCAAGGCCAAGUAAAGAAAUGCAGUUCAUUCGAAAUAUCUGUAUCGUAUCAAUCAUACUAGCAGAAUUCACAGCUAUUUGCAUUGUCUGUGAUACGUAUGAAGAUGUCAAAUAUGAUUGUGAUGAUUCUUUAAUUUAAGUUUGCAUAGCCAAGAACUAAUUAUCCCCAACUAUUCAUAAAUUGAAGUUGCUUUAAUACCUAAUGAUAAAGUCUAAGUAUGCAAGAUUAUUGUAUGUCAUAAUCACUUGAUAACGGACUAUGUUCGAAAAGUCAUUGAUUAAUAAUCUAU